GUGUUAUAAAAUAUAAAAAAUGCGCUAAAAAUAAAAAUGAUAUUUUAUGUAUAUCAAAUAAUGUAGCUUUAUAUAAAACCAAAAAUAAUGGCGUAAUAUCUUAUUCAUUAGAUAACUAUAGUGGAAAAAAGUCUGAAAGGCCCUGGAAUAAUUUAAUAAUAUUUACCGGACAUUUGUUCGCAGGAAAGAGAUUUUCCUGGGAGGUUUGAUAACAAAUUGAAUAGUAAUCCUUCUAUUUGUGCAAAGCAAUAACACUCCAUUCUUAACAGUUCUCUAUCAUAUCAGUACCUACCUACAUAUUUCAAUAAAUGAUCUUGAAACUACAAUUAGGUGCUAUAUAUUGACUCAGGUUUGUGUGAAUUGUUCACACAGUUAUCGUAAAUUGUGAGAAAAAAUGAAAUUAAGUCUGGGUACGGUCAUUGACAAAAGUAAUGAUCGCCUAAUAGGUAAACUGUUCAGUAUAAGGAACCAACAUGUCUAUCACAUCGGCCUCCGUCGGUUUCUUCAGGGAGAGAUGUACCUUACUUUGGUGGUUGGCAUUUCUCAGUUAUAUUCAAAUGUUAGUUGCUUUACCUAUUCGGCGAUUAUUACUUUUGUCAGUGAGAGUACAAACAUGCAUUUUAAUUAAUGGCUAAAGUAACAAUGUCGCGAGAAAAAAAAGUUUUAAAUCGCCAAUAUCGCAAAGAAUUCAAAUAAAUCUUAUCAGGCGAUAUGCCGUGAAAUUCUAUGAUCUUUGAUCUUGUUUGAUGGUUUAUAUACAUGUAUAAAGGCCCCAAACGUGUUACAGUAUCCUAGUCUCAUUUGAACAUUUCGCGUAAAUUGAAUUGAAUUUUUUUUUCAAAUAUGAUCUGUACAGUUUUACGGUUGGGUACAAAAAGAUGCUGUCCGAAAUGGUCCUCGAAUUUAACAAGAUCUUGUUCAACACUGGAUCCAACUCAGGUAAAAUUAUUAAACGAGAUGUGCUUUCUUGUGGAUGACAACGAUAAAGUGAUUGGCACAGCUACGAAAAAAGAAUGCCAUGCUGUAAAAGAAGACGGUUAUCUCCCUCUACACAGAGCUUUUAGUGUCUUUUUGUUCAAUAAAAAAGGAGAUUUGUUAAUGCAGAAACGAGCUGAUACUAAAAUUACCUUUCCCGGUUAUUAUUCAAAUUCGUGUUGUAGCCAUCCUCUAGCAAGUGUCGCUGGGGAGGAUGACGUCAAUGAUGCUUUAGGAAUUAAAAAAGCUGCUAUACGACGGCUUAAUUACGAACUUGGAAUUCCCCGAGAUCAUUUGCCAUUGGAUCGAUUUGAAUAUCUUACACGAGUAAAAUAUAAAAUUCAGGGAGAUGGUAAAUGGGGGGAAUACGAAAUCGAUUACAUACUUUUUUUCCAAGACGAUGUUAAGCUAAAUCCUAACCCAAAUGAAGUAUCUGCAAUUGCUUAUGUUCCUAAAAGUGAAUUUAAGUCAUACUUGCACACACUUGAUGGUCCUUUGAGUCCCUGGAUGAACCUAAUAGUUAAAUACCGUUUGGCUGUUUGGUGGGAUAAUUUGCACGAUUUAAGUAAAUUUAAAGAUCAUACGCAGAUAUUCCAUCUGUUUUAGUUAUUAGUAUUAUGAUAAGCAUAGAAUUAGAUGAUCACUUAUAAUUAUCAGUUUAUUAAAAAGUUAAAAAGUAUUUCAAUAGAGCUUUUCUAUAAUUUCGGUUUAACUGGGUUAGUGGACCGUACUAUAUGGAAACAAUUAUAGCAAUAAAUGUCCCUGUCUUCCAAGUUAUCCUCAUUUUUAACAAAACUCAUGAAAUAGU